AGGGUGAGGCGCUUUUAAAAAGCCUUCAGACUCGCCCGGAAAGGUUUACAGACCACAUCAAGAACCUCGAGAAAGAAGACGCUCUGUUGAAGGCGGAAAGCGGCGCCUACGACGAUAUCGUCUUUGUGGACGUUAUUGACACUUACAGGAACGUCCCGGCCAAGCUGCUGCACUUCUACCGCUGGACAGUGGAAUCGACGAGUUUCGACUUGCUGCUGAAGACGGAUGACGACUGCUACAUCGAUCUGGAGGCUGUUUUUGACAGGAUAACGCAGAAAAAGCUGGACCGGCCAAACAUUUGGUGGGGAAAUUUCAGACUAAACUGGGCGGUCGAUCGAACGGGGAAGUGGCAGGAGCUGGAGUACCCCAGUCCCGCAUACCCGGCCUUUGCCUGCGGGUCCGGCUACGUCAUCUCCAAAGAUAUCGUUCAGUGGCUGGCGAGCAACUCGGGGCGGCUAAAGACGUACCAGGGUGAAGAUGUGAGCAUGGGCAUCUGGAUGGCAGCCGUAGGACCCAAGCGGUAUCAAGACAGCCUGUGGCUGUGCGAGAAGACGUGUGCCAGCGGGAUGCUGUCCUCCCCGCAGUACUCCCCGCAGGAGCUGAGCGCGCUCUGGAGGCUGAAGGAGCUGUGUGGAGAUCCCUGCAGGUGCGAGGAGAGGUGA